AUGUCUGAUGAGACGAUUUUACUCAGUUCCUUGGGCGAGUUGGGCACGCUCUCCAACAACUCCUCCAACUCAUCAUCUAUCAUCGGCUCGGUCUUCCAUUCUGCUGUCCUGCAUGGACCAACUACAGUGUUUCGAUGGGAAUUGGUGGUAGCUGUCGCCGUCCUCGCAGUCAUCACUCAGGUCACCAAGAUGGUGUAUAACGCCUACAUCCAUCCACUGAGUUCAAUCCCAGGUCCUCGGAUUAGCUCGGCGACUUCAGCAUGGAUUCGGUGGCAGAGAUGGCAUGGCCGACUUUCGUUCGAGGCUGACAAGCUCAUGACAACCUACGGCCCCCUUGUCAGAAUCAGCCCUAACCUCGUCAUCCUGAAUGACUCUGAGGCAGUGGAGAAAAUCUUCGUCAGAAAGGACCUUGACACCUCUCCCACGUCGAUUCGUGCUUUGCGUGUUGGCGGUCAUGACUGGACCGUUACCUAUCCUCAGCACCCUGUUGCACGGCUCCGACGCCACCCAGUUAUGAUUGCUACCACGACUAAGAAUCUCAAGUUGCGCCAUGAUGUAUUUGUCACCAACAUUGAAACCAUGGUUCGUGAUCUUGCCAGGUCCGAGGGGGCCAAGUCAGAGGACAUUGUGUAUCAUCUCCGCAUAUGUACACUCAAGAACUCUCAGGUCAUCAUGGGUGGCGCCAAUGUUGAUCUCGAGCCGGGCGACUUUCCUCGUGCAGUCGGAGAAUACAACUUCCUUGUCGUCUGGCGACUUUGCCUCCCAGAAUGGCUCUUCACCUGGUUGCAAUACAGCCCUUUUCUGCAUGCCCGCUACCGUGUUCGGUCUAGUGAUAAGCUCUUCGACCUUGGAGAGGAAAUCUGUAAGCAAGCAGAAACAGGAGCAGACACUCCCUUCGACGAGGAUCCUAGCAUCCAUAAGCUAUUCACCGAUCAUACUGCCAAGUUCCCCACACAAUCGUGGUCCAGCCCCGAGCUCAGUGCAGAAAUGGCAGGCCAAGUUCUCGCCGCAACGGAGACGACCUCGUCAGCACUUGCCUUCAUCUACUAUGAAUUAGCCAAGAAUCUGCCACUCCAAGAGGAACUGCGAAAGGAGCUGCAAGACCAUGAGGGAUACGAAGAUCUUGACUCGCUCAAACUCCUAGAUGCGUGUAUCAAGGAGGGGCUGCGAUUCCGACCCCCUGUUGCCCUUACGGGAAGCCGUGCGAUUCCGGAGGGAGGCUUGAAUGUGCUGGGUUACUUCUUGCCUGCCGGUACGGUCGUGACCACACAGUCUCUGUCCAUGAGCCGGCAGAGGCCUGACCUCUUCCCGGACUUUGACAGUUUCAAUCCGCUCCGCUGGUUAGACGAGACUAACCUCGCGGAGAAGAAGAAAUUACUGGUCCCAUUUGGCGUCGGUGCUCGCCGCUGCCCAGGAGGCAAUAUGGCCACGUACCAAAUGCGACUCAUUUUGGCCGCCACCUUCCGCGCCUUUACCAUCACCUUGGCACCGGAGACGACCCCUGAGAAGAUGGAGCCUUUUGAAGCCAAUGGCUAUCGGUCGAGACAUGACAGAUGUGACCUGAUGUUUACGCCACGCACUGUCUGUUGA